AUGGGGUGGAGAUCUGCGGCCGGCCGUCUGCUGGCGAUCCUGCUCGUUGUGCACCUCCUCGUCGCCUCCUCCCACGCCGCCCGCUUCACGAGGAGCUACAGGAUGAUGGCCGUGGAGGCUCGGACGUUCCGUGGCGCUGGUGGUUCAGCAGAGGGCAACAGGAGGGAGAGCGACGCGAUCGUGGAGGAGAUGUUCGGGAGGAUGGCGCUGCAGACAACCGACUACCCGGGUUCAGGCCCUAACGAUCGUCACACUCCCAAGGCGCCCGGGACAUGA